UAGAAGCAUACACUAGAUCAAUAACUCAUAAUGUCUUUCUCAGGUAUGUUGCUAAGUAUUUUACAAACAAUGUAUUUAUUUUAUGCUUAAAUUAAUAAACAUAUUUAGAAGAAGAAGAAAUUAUUCAGUAAAAAGGUGCAAGAGGUAGAAGAAGAAGAAGAAGAAGAAGUACUUCUAAGUAGGAAGAAAAUGACUGGUCGUUCUAUCAGUAUUUCAACUGUUUUUGACUGGACGGAUUAUGUUCCUAAAAGUCGUAAUCAUUCGACGAAUGGAAGAUUCUUUAGGCAAAGAAAAAAUACCAUUACCAAAGGUGAACAGGAAAUUAUGACAGGAAUUUAUAAUAACAGGACGGAAGGGAAAAAAGCGAAAUCAUUAACUGAUUUGCUAACAACCGGAACUUGCCACAAAGACGCCUGGAAGACGGAGAGGAAAAUACUUGUAGCUCCAAAGGAAACCAAGGUUGUUUCUAUAGCAGAAUCUGAGGAUACAAUCUCAAAUAAUAGAGAGAGAACAGCUAAGAAAAUAAACGUUUAUAUCCCAAGGGCUGAAAGUCCCCCACAUCCUCCUCUACCAAGCCCAGAACUUACUCGCAAGACUAGUUCAUCAGCCAGCUCUUCGAGCGAACUAUGGCCAACAUGGGAAGGUAGAAGAAGCUCUAGAAAUUCAAUACCUCUGAAGAGCGUAAGAAUUAAUUACUGCGAUAUUCCCAGAACCCCUUCAUUCUCAUAA